CAAAUGACCUGCGGGGGGCAGCAGUGCGCCUCUGUCGCGUCCAGUCUGUCAGGAGUUCACCGGGAGAAGAAGAAAGCACACACUCGUAGAGCUCACACAGCAGAUCACAUUUUCUGGAAUGAAAACUAUGAACGAAGUGGACUGGUGUUUCCUCAGAGCCUUUGAUAAGCUGACGGACAGAAUAGCUUCGUAAUUAACGGGCGAUAAGAGAAACACAGACAGAGGUUGUGUUCAUCUGUCGUUUCCAGCUACUGUCAUCAUGUCAGUGGACACAGACCAGAAACCUCCAAAACUUGUGAAUCCCCCGCCUCCUGAAGUGACCAGUCCCAACAAGCCAGGCCGGAGGACCAACCAGCUGCAAUAUAUGCAGAAUGUAGUGAUCAAAUCCCUGUGGCGGCACCAGUUUGCCUGGCCUUUUUACCAGCCUGUUGACGCUGUCGCUCUUGGGCUAUCAGAUUAUCAUACAGUAAUAACAUCUCCUAUGGACUUGGGAACCAUCAAGAAACGACUCGAGAACAACUACUAUUGGAGUGCGAGUGAAUGUAUGCAAGACUUCAACACCAUGUUCACCAACUGCUACAUAUAUAACAAGCCAACAGACGACAUUGUGCUGAUGGCCCUCGCCUUAGAAAAGAUUUUCUUGCAAAAGGUUGCCCAGUUGCCACAGACGGAAGUGGAGAUAGUUCCUCCUGCAGCCAAAGGGAAGGGCAAAAAGAGUAGCACUACAGGUCUGCAGAAUGGAACUGUGACCAUGGGGCCUUCAGCUACGACGCCCACAUCUCCGUCCAAUGUCAGCUACACGCCCUCCAACUCAUCGUCAGUGCCCAAACACUCCUCGCAGACCUCCCAAAAAAAGAGAAAGGAAGACGCUACCAGAGAUUUGUGCUCAGAGAGUUUGAGUGAUUUACCAGAAAGCAAGAAGAGGAGAAGGAACUCCGGUCGAGCCACCAAUCCCUCCAAGAAGGACUUUGAAGUGAAGGAAAGUGAACAGGGCAGAAAUGGCGAACAGCUCAAGUAUUGCAGCGAUAUCCUGAAGGAGAUGCUGUCGAAGAAACAUGUAGCCUACGCCUGGCCUUUCUACAAGCCCGUUGACGCUGAAGCUCUGCAGCUACACGAUUACCAUGACAUCAUCAAAUACCCCAUGGAUCUCAGCACUGUCAAAAAAAAGAUGGAUGGAGGAGAGUACCGGGACACACAAGGCUUCGCAGCGGACGUUCGGUUAAUCUUUUCCAAUUGCUACAAAUACAAUCCUCCACAUCACGAUGUUGUCGCACAGGCCAGAAAGCUUCAGGGUGUGUUUGAGAAGAGGUUUGCAAAGAUGCCGGACGAGCCGAUGGACUUGACUUUGCCAGUGAGUGCCAUAUCGGCUAAUCGCAUCAACGGCUCAUCCAACUUCGACAAAUCGGACUCAGCCGGAGCCACCCGAAUCGCUGACUUGCAAGAACAGCUUAAAGCUGUUCAGGAGCAGCACACUGCCCUCUCCGAAGUCCCCACAAUUAAACCGAAGAAGAAAAAGGAGAAGCACAAGAAGGAGGACAGCAGGCAAAAUAAAAGCAGUACAAAUUCCAGCUCCAGGCUGCUGUGGAAACAAAGCAAAGACUGGGAUUCAGACGAUGAGUCUCUGCCGAUGACAUACGACGAGAAGCACCAGCUGAGCCUGGACAUUAACCGGUUACCUGGCAUGAAGCUCGGCCGGGUGGUGCACAUCAUUCAAACAUUAGAGCCCUCAAUGUUCGACACCGACCCAAAUGAGAUCGAGAUCGACUUUGAGAUACUGAAGCCGUCCACUCUGCGCGAGCUGGAGCAAUACGUGAAAUCAUGCCUAUAUAAGAAGUUUAAGAAAUUUCAAAAGAAAAACAGCCAAGCUGUGUCUCAUCUUGUCAGCUGCAGCAGCUCUUCGGAUUCUGCCACCAGCAGCUCCAGUAACUCUAGUUCAGAAAACAGUGACUCAUGACAGCUGUAGUAGUUUUAUUUAUUUAUUCUUUUCUUACCAAAGCAGAGCGAUUCACAACUGCUAAACAUGGUUAUUUUUGUUUUCACUGUCUGGAAAAUUAAACUCCUCACACAUUGCUUGUAUUCAGUGUGGCUUUUCUCACUCUUUCAUUAUUAAUCGCAAUAUCCGUCUAUGGCGUUUCUUAUCAGAUGCUAUAAAUUCACAACAGGGCUGGAUGGCAUGCUGCUGUGGCUAGGCCACAUUUCAUAACAUCUCAGUCCCAACCAAUAUCCUGUCUCUGUCAUUCAUUUUGCCCAUACACAUGAAAGGCACUGGGUAGAAUGAGUUAGUUUGUUUUAGGUAAAUGAAGGUACAGUAUACAGCAACAUAUCCAUCAAGCCCAAAUUAUUAACUUUUUUUUUUUUUUUUUUUUUUUUAAAUCGUUAUAACCUCAAAGAGCCUCAAAUGUCCAAAAAUCCUGUGCGUGGUUAAUGGCCAUGACCUGUGAAAAUGGGAACGGCAAUGAACAUGCCAUGUUUAAAAUAUUGUUUUGUAGAAAUUAACAGGAUAUUGUGUUGAAGCUUUGAAGUAUUGGUUGGUCAAACGUGGAAAUGUAGGUGCAGAUUCUGGUUGGACCAGGUCUGAAAAUCUGUUUUAGUCAUGUCCAGCCUUCAUUCUACCCAUGUGUCGAGUUGCAAUACCCUGUACUGUACCAACAGUAUCAGUUCAUAUGUUUAUUUACACAUUGAAUGAUUGUAUGGUACUUGGAAUUCAUGCAGUGAAGUCAUUUGUAUGUCUUGUUUUUUCCCUCUGUUAUUAUUUUAUUGUAUUUAAAGGUUUAAUGAAAUACCAUAUUAAAAUGUACUUUUAUAUCAAAAACAAACAGGGAAUUGUUUUU